AUGAUAGAUAUCAUGGAUACACCUGCACCACGCGACUGUCUCUGGAUCUGCGUCCUCUUCCGACGACCAUCCGUUUCGCUAUCCAUCACCGCGUCAUCGCUUGCUUUUGCCAGCAACCGCUCGCUCACAGAUGGCUACGAAUUAGGCCUGCAUCUCGCACUCCUGCUCCCCGCUCUCCAGACCAAGGUCGUCCGAUUCGAGACGGGAAACCCGGCUUCGGCUACCACCACGUUAUGGCCAGGCGGUGUGCGGCUCAACGGCCCAACAUCAGCGGCAACGAGAUCACCGCCGCCAACAAUCACCAUCACAGCCGCCGCCAUCACCACCACCACCACUACCAUUGCCGCCGCCGCCGCUACUCUUACCUCUACUCUGGCCGCCGCCAUCGCCGCCACCACCAUCACCACCACCACAACUGCUGCCGCCGCCGCCGCCGCCGCCACUACCACCACCACCACUGCCACCACCACAACUGCUGCCGCCGCCGCCGCCACUACCACCACCACCACCACUACCACCACCACCACCAGCACCACCGCCACCACCAUGAGCGCCACCCCCACCACCACUACCACUGCCGCCGCCGCCGCUGCCACGGCCGCAGCCGCCGCCGCCACCACCACCACCACCACCACAAUGGGCUUCAUGGGGCUCAUUACCACCAUCUCCGCCUAUGUGGCCUGGGCGUCCGCGGGGUGGGCGGUGCUGUCCGGCGCGGCCGGCCAGUACCUUGGCGGCCUCAUUUCGGAUGAGGAGAUGGCCUUGGGCGAGGCCGACGACAGGAAGCUCGACAUGCCUGGAAUCUGGGCCGUGCGGGUCGGCCGCGUCCUCGGGGACGUGCUCGCGGUGGUUUUUACCGUCCUUUAUGUUAUCUUUGCCUGUUGGAGAUCCCUCGGGGCCCAGUUUGAUCGCGUCUGUGGCGACAAGUUUUGGGAUAUCUGGGAGGAGGUGACUGGGGGCAACCCCCGUGAAGGGGCGGAUUUGGAGGGAGGGGCGGGUUUGGAGGGAGGGGCGGGUUUGCAGGGAGGCAACCACCCUCACUCGGCCUAG